CGCUCGCACCGAUUGACAAACCGACACAAGUACAACUACGUGGCCGCCGCUAUUUAGAAAAUUAAAUACAAUUUUACGUAAAAGCAAAGGCAGGAACAUGCAAAUAACAUUAAACAAUGCACUGCUAGCAAUAUGCGGCCUAAUGCUCGCCACCAGUGCCGCUGAGGCCUUCAUUGUCAGUGUGGAUGCACACAACGAGGAAUGUUUCUUUGAGAAUGUUGAAGGUGGCACGAAAUUCGGAGUUACCUUUGAGGUUAUCGAGGGCGGCUUUCUGGAUGUGGACAUCAAAAUCACUGGACCCGAUCAGCAUGUGAUGCAUGAGAGCGAAAAGGAAUCCUCCGGCAAAUAUACGUUUGUGGCACCAGCCAAGGGCAUCUAUACAGUUUGCUUUAACAACGAACGCAGCAGCAUGACACCCAAGCUGGUCAUGUUCUCCAUUGAGGUCGGAGAUGCGCCACAGCGUGCGCCAGGCGCUCCUGGCGAAGAGGAGGUUGGCCACACCAAGCUGGAGGACAUGAUUCGCGAGCUGUCGGGCACGCUGACCAGCGUGCGUCAUGAACAAGAGUACAUGCAUGUGCGCGACAAGAUUCAUCGUUCGGUCAACGAGAGCACAAACUCUCGCGUCGUCCUCUGGUCCACAUUUGAGGCGCUCGUCCUGGUGCUUAUGACUGUUGGCCAGGUGUAUUAUCUCAAGCGCUUCUUCGAAGUCAAGCGCGUGGUGUAAGGAAAACCGAUUGCAGUCUCAGCCCUAAUUUAAACAAAUAAUUCAUUUUUUUUUUGUAACAAAAAUUCAUAAAAAACAAACAACACAAAACAACAACAAGACACGUGUUAGUUUUCAUCUUGGACUGUAAAUAUUUAAAAAGCAAACGAAAAAGAUUUAC